GCCUAAAAGCCACAAGCCAGAGCCACAAUCAGAACCAAUGCACGCAUUUACCACCCAGAACCGGAACUGGAUGGCACCUAUGGUGAUCCUGGAGCCCGCGGAUGGUUGCCUUUGUGACCAGCCCGUGCACAUCGCCCUGGCCCCCGAGCAGCCCGUCACGCUGCGCUCUGCCCUGCAGGACGAGAAGGGCGCGCUCUUCCGAGCCCACGCGCGCUACCGUGCCGACAACCACGGCGAGCUGGACCUGGCGCGCGCGCCCGCGCUGGGCGGCAGCUUCUCGGGGAUCGAGCCCAUGGGGCUGCUCUGGGCCAUGGAGCCCGAUCGGCCUUUCUGGCGCUUGGUCAAGCGCGACGUGCAGACGCCCUUCGUGGUGGAGCUGGAGGUGCUGGACGGACACGAGCCCGACGGCGGGCGGCUGCUGGCACGGGUGGUGCACGAGCGUCACUUAAUGGCUCGCGGGGUGCGGCGCGUGCCCGUGCGUGAGGGUCGGGUGCGCGCCUCGCUCUUCUUGCCCCCAGGAAUUGGACCCUUUCCUGGGAUCAUAGACCUUUUUGGAGUUGGAGGAGGCCUUCUGGAGUAUCGGGCGAGCCUGCUGGCUGGGAAGGGCUUUGCUGUCAUGGCUCUGGCUUAUUACAACUACGACGACCUCCCUAAGGACAUAGAGAUUAUCCACCUGGAGUACUUUGAGGAAGCUGUGACCUACCUGCUCAGUCACCCCCAGGUAACAGGUUCAGGAGUUGGGGUCCUUGGCAUUUCCAAAGGGGGUGAACUUGGCUUUGCCAUGGCCUCCUUCCUGAAAAACAUCACAGCCACUGUCAUCAUCAAUGGCUCUAUAUCCAACGUCGGCGGAACCUUACGGUACAAGGAUGAGACCGUGCUCUCAGUGGGCAUAAACACCGAGCGAGUCAAGAGAACCAAAGAUGGCCUCAAAGACAUUGUGGAUGCUCUAAACAAUCCUUUGGAAGGAGCUGACCAGAAGAGCUUGAUUCCUGUGGAAAGGUCUGACACAGCCUUCCUGUUCCUCAUAGGUCUGGACGACCACAACUGGAAGAGCGAGUUCUAUGCCAGAGAGGCCUCCAAACGCCUGCAGGCCCAUGGGAAGGAGAAGCCCCACAUCAUCUGCUACCCAGAGACAGGCCACUAUAUUGAGCCUCCUUACUUCCCACUGUGUAAGGCAUCCCUGCACAGCCUGGUGGGUGGUCCUGUCAUCUGGGGAGGGGAGCCCAGGGCUCAUGCCAUGGCCCAGGUGGACGCCUGGCAGCAGCUCCAGACUUUUUUCCACAAUCAUUUGAAUGGUGAAAAGAAGACAAUCCCAGCAAAACUGUGAUUUUUUUUUUUUAAUUUAAGUUUUAUUUAAGAUCUCCGAUGCUUCUCUCUCCUGGGGAAGCCUCCGCUGUGUGUGUGUGUUUCUCUUUUACAUCAAUGUAGAGUCUUCCCCCUCCUCCAAUUUUUUUUUUUUCAGCUGCAGGCCUUAUUUAUAAGUCUUGGAGGGGAGUGAUCAUACAGACAACAUAAGGCAUUGCAGAAACUGACAUUUUACGGAAGCUCAGCCUCCCGGUGAGCUGUAGUGCUGAAAGACCAAGUCAUUGUUACUUCCCUGGAGCUCAAGGAUUACUUGCUAAAUUGCUGAUUAAAAACAAACAAAUGAUUACCCGCUGUUUAGACAAACAUGACAGGAACUGAAAAGAUGGCUCAGAAGUUAAGGGCACACACUGCUCCUAUAGGACCCAAGUUUGGGUCCAGGUACCAGAACAACUGACUGUAACUCCAGCUCUGAGGGAUGCAAAGCUCUCGUCUGAUAUCCUUGGGCACACACUCAAGCACACACGCACAAGCACACAUGAAUAAAAAUACAUGGUUUGAAAGAGUAAACAUCUGCGUGGUGGUGACACACACCUUUCAU